AUGCUACCUCAUAAGAACAAUCAGCCCACGAGUUCCUUACCGGUCUCACGUGUCGGACUGUCUGUCAAACUUAAUCAUCUUGCCGUUCCAGGCCUGAAUAGUCGGCCCACGUCGAGACCGAACACUCCCAGUGCAUAUGUCACCUCGUCAUUGAACCCAACGAAAAACAUGCCGGUCAUAUCAACGUCGGUGAAUUCUAAAAUAAAAAAUCAGGAUGAAGCUCGGCAAUUUGAAGAACUUGACAUCAUCAGCAGCAUUAGAGAGUUUGAAAGUGAGCUUGUGGAACUCUCACUGAGCAUAUCCUCUUUUCGAGAGGAAAACAUCCCCGAACAUGUCAAAAGCCUAAUCCAACUAGAUAAAAAGAUUUCUGCUGAGCAACAAAAUCUUCGCCGGCAUCAAGAAUAUGGUGCUGAGAUCGAAACACUCCAGAAGGAAAAUGAUGAAUUGAGCCAGGAGAGCAGUAGGCUUCUCAAGGAAUUAAUAUCUUGUCGAGCAGAUUUGAAGAAGCUUCCCAGACUACCGGCGGCAAGUUCGUCUACAAGAGAGUCGAGACUCAAGGAGAUUGGAGUGCAAGAAUUGCUUGACUACUCCAUGACCCUAGCGAAGUUUUCCAAAGCCCCGACCACUGCCAACGGUCAAUUGCCCCAUCCCAAUAAUUUCAUCUGGCCUGCCGAGGAUGCUUUGAGAAGGGGUUUACUUGCAUUAACAUCGCUCAAGCCUGAUGAAGUCAUCAAGGCAGAGCUUGGUGAGACCGAACCAGCAGAAGAAGAAAAGGUGGAGGAAGACGAUGUUGAGAUGGAGGAUGUGGCAGACAUGGACGCACCUUCGACUAAUAUGAAGAUGGGGCCUUCGGCACCAGCAAGGAAAGCAGAACCGGUAAAGGCGCCGGAGGCCCUCAACUUGGACCUCUUCGAUGGUGAUGAUUCGGAUGAUUCAGAUUAA